UUCUCACAUAGGGUUCUCGUAACUUCUUGUGAAACAUGGGGGCACGGGUUGUGCGUAUGUUUAGAAACUUCAACCUAGAAAACCGGGUAGCCCGAGAAAUCUCUAAGGAAAAGCCGCGAGCAGCACCGCGACACGAGAGCAGCGGACCGGCCUCUGAAGUGGAGAGAGCGGAGUCAGUCCACCAGAAGAACGACCCUCUGCUGAGCCACCUCAAGUCAGUGUAUGUGGAGUCUAAAGAUCCAGCAGCAACAGAGGCAUCAGAGGCAGUGACGGUGGCUAAAGAAGUGGAUCGGCGACCACUGAUGUUCAGUGUACCGGGGCCUUUUUAUGGCCUACAGGAGCUCACAGAUGUUCCGAAGGGCAAACUGACCAUUGUUGAGGCUCUGAAGGCGCUGAGCAGUCACCAGCGUGAGCCUCACACAUGGACACCAGACAAGAUCGCUCAGGAAUAUUCCCUCGACUUAAAGGACACUAAAGCUCUUGUAGAUUUCUUCGCCCCAUUCAAUGUUGAGAUCAUACCACCCAAGACUGAAGCUGCCAAGCAAAUUGAUGCUUCGUAGGACUGGACUGUAUGUGAAUAGUAGACAGUAGAAAAAUUAAGCCCUGACUUAUUUAUAUGCAUUUAUACAUUUGGAGAGGGACCUGACUGGGACUGAUAGUUUCUCAAGCCUGGGGUUUGGACUGGGUCGCUUGUUAUGUAGACGGAAUCAUGUAAUAUUACAAUAUUGAUGUACAACAUAAAGUAAAUAAAUAAGUACAAAUAUUUAA